CCAUGGACCCGGAUGACCUGAAACUGGCGCUGGAGCGGCAGAGGGGGGAGAACAAGGAGCUGGUGGAAGCCUUGCUGCAGCUGGAGGCCGACUACACCCAGCUGCAGCAGGAGCGAGCUGAGGUGCAGGAGGAGGUGGGCAGGCUGCGGAGAGCCAUGGUUGCUGCGGAGGAGACGGACGGGGCUUGGGAGGAGCUGGACACCACCAAAUCCAGCCUGCUGCACGUCCAGCAGGAAUUAAAGCUCCUGAAACGCCAGCGGGAGAGUUUGGAGGAGGAGAAGCAGGAGAUGCGGGGCACUAUCCAGGAGCUGACGACAGAGAAUCUCACCCUGACCAAGGGGAACUUCCGAAGCCACCAGCAGCUCUCAGAGGUGCAGCAAGCCAUGAAGCAGCUAAAGAUGGAUCUGCAGCAAGUCAAGGAGGCGAGAGACGCACAGGGGAAGGAGCUGGCCAAGGUAAACAGGCCAAGAUGUAAAUUUCUCGCUUACACGCUGCUUCCUGCCAGAGAAUGGCUGCUUUAACAAGGAGAAGCUCCACUCCUCCGAGCUGACAGAGACGAUUCGGGAGCAACAGGAGAUCCAGGAGGUCCUUCAGAGCAAAAUAAACCAACUGAAAGAAGAGCUGGAGGACUCAGAGCAGCAGAACGCGCUCCAGAAGCUGGAACAGGGCGAGGACCUCUCUGGGUCGUUGCUGUGCGAGAUAGUGGAAGCCAAGCUGGAGACUCGACUGGUGGCGAAGAGACGUGGCAUUGCCUACUGGCUAUGGACGCUGGCCUCCCUCUACAUCUGGCUGCAGCUCCUCGCUGGCUCCCUCAUGGCCAUGGCCAUCCUCUACACGUACUUCUUCGACGAGGAGUUCAUCUACCGCACGCUGCCGCUGGUGCUUUCGGAGCACAGCUACGACCAGCUGGCCUCCGGCCUGGGCGGCCACCUCACCCUGCUCAGCCAGGGGCUCCUGCCCUUCUGAGCCCCCUGCCCACUGCCACAGCUGGCUGCGGUGCCGCGGGCUAUUAGUGGACGUGUGUGCGUCUGGAGGAAAACCCAGUAGAGGCCCCUGGGUGAUUAAACUAUUUAACUGCCGCGUGUUCACUACUGUGACUCCCACACCUCGGUGAGGUCACUGUCCCACCCUGUCUAGCUUUACUGAUUGUCAAACGUGGUGGUGCUGGAGCCAUGUC